GAGCAUAACGGCGACCUCUUCGGCCGGUCGUGUAGCGCUCUGCCUCGCAUUGUAAUGUCGUACGUGCCUGUAUUCGAUCAACAUUGCCCUCUCGAACGAGCACACACUCAUUCCACGGGAUGAUCCACAGUCUACGCUGCAGAGGUCGGUAGUUGUGCCGAUAGCCGGCUUUGCGGGGGAUGAUCAUUGUGUUGUUUGCUCUCUCUUAAAUCGAUGACAUUCCCAUUUUCACAUCCUGACCCAGGAAAUGAAUGACCUCUUCUGGCGCAACUGGUGUUCGACAUGCGCGAUGAGGAGGCACGAGGAGAUACAGUUGAGCUUCAAAAUACCCUCACAACCGUGACCGACUGGGAUGGACCGGACGAUCCAGACAACCCUCGCAACUUUUCUCUGAGAAGGCGAACAUGUUCGACGAUUGCCGUGACGUUCCUGGCUUUCGUCAGUACCCUUGCCGCCUCGGUCUACAGUCCGGGCCAUGAGCAAGUAUCGAGUGCCUUUGGCGUCUCCGAUGAGGUGGCAUUACUACCGUUGUCACUGUACUCGUGUGGAUUAGCAUUCGGCCCUUUGGCAGGAAGUCCCAUGAGCGAGACGUUUGGGCGCAAAGCCGUCUUCCUGACCACGACGCCCCUCUUUGCUCUUUUCACACUUGGUGCUGGGUUCUCACAGAACAUAGCAUCCCUCAUAAUCUGCCGUUUCUUUGCCGGCGUCUUUGCUUCACCUGCGAUCAGUUGUGCUUCGGCGACCAUCGUCGACUACACUGCAGGACGAUAUCGAGCCGUAUCUCUGGCUUUCUACUAUUCGAUCCCGUUCUUUGGGGCUGUCUUCGGGCCUCUUCUGGGUGGACUUCUCGUUGAGAAGAAAGACUGGCGCUGGACGCAGUGGGUCACGCUAUUCUUCAUUGCCGCCUUUUAUAUUCCAAUCCUGUUCACCAAAGAGACGUACAAGAAGACCAUACUGCAACGACGAGCUCGCAGGUUGAAUGUGCACCAGGUGAUGCCUCAACAGAAGAAUUCCAUCCUCGCCACCGUCAAACACUUUUUGACGGCCUUGUUCUUUCGACCAAUUCACAUGGUCAUCACCGAGCCCAUUGUGACUUUGGUAUGCCUGUACAACGGGUUCCUUUUCGGUCUCAUGUACACCUUCGUGGUUGCCUCACCGUGGGUCUUUCAGCACUACUACGGCUUCGACUUGACGGGACAAUCUCUGUCUUUCCUUGGUUUGAUGGUCGGAACUGCAUUCGCACCUGGCCCUCUUAUCGUAGUCGACCUAUACCUCUACCAGCCACGCCUCAGGAGCUUUCGAGCAAGUCACUCUGACACCGAGGUAUUUCCUCCCGAGUACAGACUGUAUCCGAGUAUAAUUGCGUCCUUCACCCUGCCAACCUUUUUGUUUAUCUUUGCUUGGACGUCACGACCAACGAUUCAUUGGAUGGUCCCGAUCGUUUUUCAGGGGUUGACGAUAAUGGCAACUGUGAUGAUUUACUCGUCCGUGAAUUUGUUCAUGGUCGAUGCUUAUGGACCUCUCUACGGUGCCUCGGCAGCUGGAGCUGCGAUGCUGUCACGAUAUGGGUUGUCAGCCGCGUUUCCGCUAUUCGCCCUCCAACUCUUCAAAACACUAGGAGUUGGCUGGGCCACCACGUUACUCGGGUUUUGUACUCUAGCUAUGGCUCCUAUACCUUGGCUGUUUUGGCGAUAUGGAGAUCUUCUCCGUGCGAAGACAAAGUAUGAGACAAGUGUAUGA